AUGAAACAACUUAUGAAUUUAUCUCAUUUAUUUUUCUCUAACAAACGUUUAACACCUGUCAGGUGUUUACAAGCCAGGUUGUGUUGUAGUUCAAGCAGUGUAGUUACUCCAAAGGAAAAGCGGGGAGCAUUGAGCCUUUUUAAAACCCAAAUAUCAUCUGGUCCAAGUUUUCAUGAUUUCAUCCGUGGACUCCCAGGUAGUAACACAACAAAUACUUCAGGCAUAGACAUAGAGUACAACCACGACUAUCUUUCUGCAGACAUGGUGCUGGGAAAUUCGCGAAAGGUCUAUUUUGAAACCUAUGGAUGUCAAAUGAAUGUAAAUGACACGGAUAUCGCCUGGUCCAUACUGCAGAGGAAUGGAUAUCAACGUACAGCAUAUAUAAGCGAGGCUGAUGUGGUCCUUCUUGUAACAUGCUCCAUAAGAGAAAAAGCCGAGCAGACAAUCUGGAACAGACUACAACAACUGACUGCCAUGAAGAAUAAGCGCCUUAGGAGUCGGACCCCAAUGAAAAUUGGCAUCUUAGGUUGCAUGGCAGAGAGACUGAAGACCGAGCUUUUGGAACGGGAAAAGCUUGUAGAUGUUCUCGCUGGGCCAGAUGCCUACCGUGACCUUCCCCGUCUGUUGUCUCUGGCUGAGGGAGGUCAACAGGCAAGCAAUGUUCUGCUUUCAUUGGAAGAGACCUACGCUGACAUCAUGCCUGUCCACCACUCUCCUCAAGGACACAGUGCCUUUGUGUCUAUCAUGCGGGGCUGUGAUAAUAUGUGCAGUUACUGCAUUGUUCCCUUCACCCGGGGACGCGAAAGGAGUCGCUCGGCCAGCUCUAUAAUUGAGGAAGUUCGUAUUCUUUCUGAUCAGGGAGUGAAGGAAGUGACAUUGCUUGGUCAGAAUGUAAACAGUUACAGAGAUACAUCUGAAGAACAGUUCUGUGGUGCCACUCCAACCAAGCUGAGCCGUGGCUUUAAGACGGUAUACCGCCCAAAACUGGGAGGUUUGCGUUUCUCCGACCUGUUGGACAAAGUGUCACAGGUCAAUCCCAACAUGAGGAUAAGAUUCACAUCACCCCAUCCUAAAGACUUCCCUGAUGAGGUUUUGCAUCUGAUUGCAGAGAGAAAAAACAUUUGUAAACAGAUCCAUCUUCCAGCUCAGAGUGGGAGCAGUCGGGUCUUGAAAGCUAUGCGCCGUGGGUAUACAAGAGAGACAUACCUCGAAUUGGUACAAAACAUCAGGAAUAUUAUUAAAGAUGUAAGUCUCAGCAGUGACUUCAUCUCAGGCUUUUGUGGCGAGACAGAAGAAGAUCACCAGCAGACCUUGUCCCUCAUCAGAGAAGUUGGCUACAACAUUGGGUUCCUUUUUGCCUAUAGCAUGAGAAAGAAAACUCAUGCGUUCCAUUCCCUUAAAGAUGAUGUGGCACCGGAUGUGAAGCAACGUAGGCUGGAGGAGUGUAUUAGUGUGUUCAGAAAGGAAGCUGCGAGGGUCAACGCUACUCUCAUUGGAAGCACACAACUCGUCCUAGUGGAGGGGGAGAGUAAGAGAUCUGCCAAGGAGCUGUGUGGAAGAACAGAUAGCAAUAUGAGAGUCAUCUUUCCUAGAAAGAAUGUUGCUGUUCAUUCUGCAGAGUCCAACAUGGAUGCAAUAAUGGCUGGAGACUUUGUGCUUGUGAAGAUUUUGUCCGCCAGCUCUCAGAGUUUGCGGGGUCAAGCCCAGCAAUUAGUGUGA